AUGAAGGAGCUCAGGUCGUUUUCUCCUAGCCGUCUUGCCCUCGAUUUCAGUCUCGUUGGUCAAGACUUGCCAGACGAGUUCUAUGAGAGCCACUUCAACACACUCUUAAAGAAUGUUUACUCCCUCGUCCACAGGGUAUUUUGUCUGAGGGACAAUGCCCAGGCACCCAAAGUGUCCCCAUGGUUGAGAGAGUACCCGAACGAGUUUCUCCAAUACAUCCAACUUGUUGCACAUCCUGAUGCGGAGCGGACAUGCCUUCUCACAGCCAUCAUUUUCAAGGUUCUCGAGACCAAUGUUUUGUCGUGUUUGCUUUUUGGCGCCGAUUCGGAGCAUGAGAAGUUGCUGGACUCGUUCGAUACUGCGCUCAGCGAUGCAGAAGGAUUCAAACGUACGAAGCUCCGAGCUCACAUGAACAGGAUGUAUCUUAUAGGACAGAUUCCUCCUUGCUUUUGGAAUAGGGUUGACGAACUCUGCGCCCAAACCUUGGCUCUCCUGCUACCGGCUUAUGCCUACGCCGCAGAGUUCCAAGGCCAUCAACCGACUCCCGUUCGCGAGCUGUACCAGGCCCUCCACGACGUGAUUGCUUACGCGGGGUGGAUCAAUGUACACAUAAGCAUGGCACCAGCGAUCUUUUCGUUCAACUGGGUCCAGCCAGGAGAGCCAUUCAGUUUGAGCCAAAUAAAUCUCUGCCAGGAGGCUUACAUAUCUUCCAAGGCGGCGGCGCAGCGGCAUCAAGAGCGACUUCGGAGGCGGAGACCAGACAGCCAGCGGGUGAUGUCGAGGGCUCGUGUCAAAAUCUCGGUCACGCCAGAAAUUACUCGGGACAAGGACGUCUCAAAAUCCAUCGGGACACCAGGCACGACGUCCUGCAAGAUAUUGCAAGCCCACGUGGUAUACUACGAGGGACUGCAGCUAGACUCAGACGAGAAAAGGGUAUUCGUGAGUCUCCCCGAGUAUAUCCGCCGUCUGAGGGAACAAGUCUGCAUGCCUCGGGGUGCAGCCAUUGUCAUCAUGUUGCUCGUGUUGCUCUGUCUGUGGGUUUCCCUGACCCCUUCGGGACAUCGAGUAUGGGAGGGCACCCGGUCCUGGCUCUACCCACGGCCGAGCAUAGUAGAACCAGACCCGACCAAAACUUGA